CUGAGAGGCAGCUGCGCUGACAGCACCAAGAAGCAGCUGGAAAUCCCUCACUGGCCUUGCUGCUACAGCCCUGCAGCUCAGUGCUCAGUCAUGCUACGGACAGGCUUCCAGGUGGCAGUGAUACUUGGUCACCAUGGAGCUCUUCCUGGUCUCACCCACCUCCUGCCCAGAUUCAACCCUGCCUCAGCCUUCGGAUCCUCCACGGAGACCCUGGUCUCAAGAUUCUGUCGGGAGAUGACGGAGAGUAAGAAUUACGCCCUCCCCAAUGCCAGCUGGGGUCCAGACAUGCUGAGCCUGUAUCAUGAAUUUCUGGAGAAGACCAAGACCGAAGGCUGGGUCAGAUUGCCUUCCUUCGGGUCCAACAGAGACCACAUCCAGGGGUUCAAGCUCCCACUAGAGUCAUCAGCUAACUCAGACAAAAGUGACUGGCGCCUCUUCACCAGGUGUAUUGAAAGGGAAGGACAAGGCUACGAGUAUGUCAUCUUUUUCCAACCAUCUGAGAAGAAGUCCAUCUGUCUUUUCCAACCAGGACCCUACCUGGAGGGGGUUCCAGGGUUUGCCCACGGAGGGUCCCUGGCAGCCUUGAUAGAUGAGACCUUUUCUAAAACUGCUUACCUGUCUGGAGAGGGGCUGUUAACAGUAAAUUUCAACAUCAGGUUCAAAAACUUGAUUCCCCUGGGCUCUCUGGCUGUGCUGAAUGUCAGCGUGGAAAAGAUCGAGGACCAGAAGGUGUACCUGUCCUGUGUCACCCAGAGCAGAGACCAGCAGACAGUUUACGCUAAAGCCUCAGGUAAAGAGGACCUGAGCCCCAGCCCCUGGCCCUGUCCUGCUGAUGCCAUGCCCGGGACAAACAGAAGGGGAAAUGCUAAGGAUCCAAUCCCAAGGUGGGCUCCAACUUUUUAGAGUGGGAUUGGGACCUGCUGUACACACAAAGUGAGGAAAAAUCGAAUUAGGACUUUUUUUUUUCUGUAUAUGCGUAGCCCAGCAUGUCUCACAAAGCCAGGACCCAGGCACUGAGUAACUGGGUACCAAAGCUCUGAGCACCCCAUCAGCUCCUGCCAUCCAUGCUCUUGCCCCUGCCACUUGGCUCACC